CACAGAUCCAAACCCUUUGAUCUUAAGAACAAUGAAAAAUCAAUCAGGUUCUUAAAAGAAGAAUUUUAAUUAAAGAAAAGGUAAAAGAAUCACCUCUGUAAAAUCAGGAUGGUAAGUACUUAACAGAAUAACAAGAGACUCAAGAACACAGAGGAUUUCCCCUCUAGACAAAACCUUAAAGUUACAAAAACAGGGAUAAACCUCUCUCUUAGCACAGGGGAAAAUUCACAAGCUAAAACAAAAGGUAAUCUAACGCAUUUCUUUUCUGUUAUUACUUACUAUUUCUGCAAGACUAUAUGCUUAGUUCAGGUAUAUUUUCCCCUGCCCUGUUUCCUGGCUGGCUCCGACAGACACAUACCAAAAACCUUCCCCCACAGAUCUGAAAGUAUCUUGUCCCCUUCUUGGUCCUUUUGGUCAGGUACCCCAGGUUAUCUAAGCUUCUUAACCCUUUACAGGUAAAAAAGGGAUUUUAUGCUAUCCUUAGCUGUAUGUUUAUGACAGAAGCUAUGGGCAAAAGGUUUGCUCAGGGGUGCACUGUUCAGACAGAACACAUGGCUGCUGAUUUUGAGCACCCAGAUACCAAGGCUAUUAGAGGACACCCUGGGGGGCAAAAUGAGGAAGGCUUUGUGGCAACACUUUGAAAAUGAGAAUGAGUAAUGUUUAUUGCUAUGCAUGGGAUUAUAAUGCAUAAUGAAGUCCAGUUUUGGUAUGGCAGGAAGCAGUUGUGAUUGUUCAGGCCCAGGGUUCAAUGUAAAGAAAUGAUGAAAUGGCUUGCUGUUUGCUGAUGCCACCUGCUAUCAUAACUUCAACAGAAACAAAUGAAGAGUGCUUAUUAUCCAAAUAACUUUGCUUUUAUUGCCAAAAAAACCACAACAGCAUGCACACACACACAGCUGAGCAUAAGUCCAGCUUUAAUUUGAAAAGGUGUCUGUGGAGGUGGAGUGAAUGGUAAAGUGAGACUUCCCAGAAAUUGGAAAGGAAUGUGUGGGUGGAGUUUGGGGAGGACAUGGCAAAGAGUUCUGAAUGUGCUGAAGGGGAGGGCGGGCACCCAUCUGCUAAGUCUGAAGCAUCAGGAGGGACUGCAGCAUGUUGUUCUGCCGCUCCAAAACUUUUAUCAGCCUCUCCAUUGCAUCCCUAGUCUAUGCCUCAUUUUCUUUUCUGUUUGUCGCUUUCCCUCCACUGCCUUCAUUCUAUCUUGUCUGCAUCAGAGUACUGCAGCACCCCAGAAAAUAUCUUCCUUGCUCCAUCUUGAGCGCUUUCUUAUCCGGCGGAGACACUUGGCUGGAGUGGAGGGGGUGCCUCCUUUCAAGGACAUAUCUGGAGAAGCACAAGUAACAAUAAAGAGAAGCAUUAUUGUUAAGUACACAUACAGCAUUGAAACACUAUAUUAAAAUACACUGCUGGUAACACACCAGUCACUUUCCCACUGAUCCUUCACAAGCACACAUGCCGGGGAACACUGCAAGCAUGGUCAGUGUUCCCGGGGUGGAGGACGUUGGGCGUGGGAGAAAAAGGGAUGGGCCAAUUACAGUGAUAAAAUCAAGCACGGUGUCUACACUGGCACUUUGGCAACAAAAAUUUUGUGUAAAAACCUUCCAACACUCGUCAAGGCGGCUUUAUUAUGUCACUGAAACUGAGGAGUUCCGUCAUCGAAAGUGGCUUUGUAGUGUUUACACCUCUAUUUAAGAGUAGGUUAGAUAAAUGUCUAUCAGGGAUGGUCUAGACAGUAUUUGGUCCUGCCAUGCGGGCAGGGGACUGGACUCGAUGACCUCUCGAGGUCCCUUCCAGUCCUAUAAUCUAUGAUUCUAUGAUUCUACUAUUUCAUCACCAAAUGCUGCCUUUUGAUGAAAAAACUUGGCAGUGUAGACAAGGCCUAGAGAACAAUAAGGGAUAACCAGUAUACACCCAUGUUUUCUGCUGGUGCCUGUUAAGGUUUCCCACACCACGAUGUGUAGGAAUUAUUGAUGAAGGGAACACCAUAAAAUACGGAAUUGGCAUUAGGAGGGUCAGUUGUUCAUAAUUCAUUUAUCUGAAUAAUGAAAAUGUCAUUUUUCAGUGUGUGAAGAGCGACCAAUCUGCUUCAUCCAUGAGACCAUCCUCCAGUUGUGCAUGUAGUGUCUCAUAUUAACAUUGUCUCUCCAUCCAGGUAUUUGUCCUGCGACCAUUGCCCUAGACCCUGGGAACAUACAGGAAGUCAGGGGAACGUACGGUUCAUGCAGGAAACACCAUUCUUCCUCAGCGUUGGACACCUUCUCCCCUUCACCAUGUCAGAUUCCAACUCAACCGACUUCACCAACCCCACCACCUUCAUCCUGCUGGGCAUUCCUGGCCUGGAGGCAGCCCAUAUCUGGAUCUCCAUCCCCUUCUGCACCAUGUACGCCAUAGCCAUCUUGGGGAACUUCACCAUCCUGUUCAUCGUGAAGACGGAGCCGAGCCUCCACGGGCCCAUGUACUAUUUCCUCUGCAUGCUGGCCGUCACCGACCUGGUCCUGUCUACAUCCAUUGUGCCCAAAAUGCUGAGCAUCUUCUGGUUCUAUUCCAGGGAGAUCAAUUUCAGUGCAUGCCUCACCCAGAUGUACUUCAUUCUCAGUUUCUUUUUGAUACAGUCUGGGAUCCUCGUGGCCAUGGCUUUUGAUCGCUAUGUGGCCAUCUGCGAUCCCCUGAGACAUUCCACCAUCCUGACAAACACUGUGGUUGCCAAAAUUUUUCUGGCCGUGGUGCUGCGCGGCGUCAUGCUCAUACUGCCCUAUCCUUUCCUGGCGAGGAGGUGGCCAUAUUGCAGAACCAACAUCAUUCCAAACACGUACUGUGAGCAUAUAGCUGUGGUGAAGCUGGCCUGCGCUGACAUCAGCCUCAGUAGUUACUACAGCCUCUCUGUGGCAUUCUUGGUAAUUGGUAUGGAUGUGUUUUUUAUCACCGUGUCCUAUACCCAGAUCCUCAGAGCCAUCUUCAGCCUCCCAACGAAGGAAGCCCGGCUGAAGACUUUUGGGACCUGCGGCUCCCACCUCUGUGUUAUCUUAGCCUUUUACAUCCCACAUCUCUUUGCUGCCCUCACGCAACGGUUUGGGCACAAUGUGGCCCUGCAUUUGCGCGUUCUCAUGGCGAACAUGUACCUCCUGGUGCCCCCCAUGCUAAACCCCAUCAUCUAUGGGGUGAGGACCCAACAGAUCUGGGACAGGCUGCUCCAGCUCUUUGCUAAUAAAGUGACCUAAAGUUUUCUCCUGGUUCUCUAGCUCUCAGAUCGAGCUCCAUGCAGAGCUGGCUGGUGACAUGGUGCUGGGCCCUCUUCCCUGAAUCACUGACUGGCCAGUCAAAGAGACAUUAAACCCUUUCCUGACCUUAGUGUGCUGUGUCAGCAUGACAAACUGGGGAAUCUGCCUAUGUACAACUCAUAAGGUUGCCACCUUUCUAAUUGCUGGUAAAUGGAAGCCUGAGGCCCCCCCCUCUGCUCUGCCUCUUCCCCUCAAGGCCCCGCCCCUCACUCGCUCCUCUCCUCCCCACCCCCAUCACUCUCUGGAUCAUCCCUCUGACACUCUGCACUCCAAAGCAUCCCAUAUUUACCAUGGUGAUGUAAUUAUGGUAUGUUCUGUACAAAAUAGGUCCUGUGAGGUAUCAUUCUAAAAGUCUUGAUCUGCUAAACAUUGAUAUCCCCUUGGGUUGUAUGCACUCUCAUUGUAUGUGAAGCUAUGAAAUCCUGCUAUGUGUGAGUUACUAAAGGGUGAUGUGAGGUUGGAAACACCCAAAACCAGCCUUUCAGGUACGUCAAAGGAGUAGCCAGACAGCGUGAAUUGCUGUCGUCAACACCCAUCCAGGGAACAAUCCACUAGCACAGGAACUCUGCAUAAGAAAACCUCCUUGGAGGGAGUACGGAGACGAUGGAGAAUGUUUGGCCAAUGAGGGAAGACCCCCCCAUGUCACAUGCACAGACUUUCCAGCAAGCUGGAAGAAACUAUAAAAG